UUUAGAUCUCUUAGUAUUUAUUAUUGUAAAGUAAUUUUUCAGAAAGCAACUGUUGUUAAGAUGUCCCUGAGGAUUGUUACAUCAUCAUGGAAUGUAAAUGGGCAGCAGCCACGUGAAGAAAAUCUUGAUGAAUGGCUACAUCUUCUUGAAGAACACCAUGAAAAUUUAGCUGAUAUAUAUGUAAUUGGGAUACAAGAAGUACCAAGUGAUCCAGCUUCUUUGGUGCUUGAUUAUUAUAUUAGAAAUGAUCAUUGGACUUCAAGAUUAUUACUUUUUUUAAGUACAAAAGGGAUUGUUAUGGUGGAAUCAGCUAGAAUGAUGGGAAUGUUGCUAAUUGUUGCUGUUAAACCUAUCCAUUUGCCAUUUUUAAGAGAGAUAAGGAGCACAUAUACAAAGACAUCAUUUUAUGGAUUAAUAGGGAUUAAAGGAGCUGUCAGUUUACGUUUUGAUCUGUAUGGUGAAUCAUUUUGUUUUAUUAACAAUCACUUUACUGCUGGUGAAAAGUCAACAGAAUAUAGAAAUAAUAAUUAUCAUGCUAUAAAUUCAAAAACUCUGUUUCGAAACUGCGAGAAGCAACUUAUAAAUGAUCACAGAUAUUGUAUAAACUUUGGAGACUUUAACUAUCGCAUUGAUGAUCUAGAUGUAAAUACAGUUAAAAAAUUAAUUGCUGAGAAUGAUUUUCAAACAAUAUUAGAUAAUGAUCAGCUGUUAAAAAGCAAAAAAGAAGGAAAGUGUUUCGAAGAUUUUAAUGAGCAUCCCAUAAAUUUUUCACCAACGUAUAAAUAUGAUUUAAAUUCGAGUAAUUUCGAUUCAAGCUUAAAGCAAAGAACCCCUGCUUACACUGAUAGAAUAUUUUGGCGUGAAAAAACAGAAGAAGUACUUAGUAUGCAACAAUCAAUGUAUUCAAGCCAUAUGGCAUAUGAAACUAGCGAUCAUAAACCAAUUAGUGCUGAGUUUAUUGUGCAAAUACCUGCUAUGCUAUCAUCAACAGCUGUAGUAGAGUUUAAAUUUGAAGACUCUUAUAUUCCAUGGACUUCAGAAGAAGAUGGAGUUUGUGUUUUUUAUGUGAAAGGUUACCAAACAUCAAGUUGGGAUUGGAUUGGUUUGUAUCCUAUUGAUUUUAAAAGUCCACAAGACUAUUAUACUUAUGAGUGGUCAGUGUCUGGUGUCGAUGAAACAGGAGAAGACGGCUGCAUGGUUUUGUUUGAUGAUGUUCCUGAUAUACCUGGUUAUUAUAUUUUCGGAUACUGGAGCAGAAAGUUAGAGUGUAUACUUGGAUUAAGCGAACCUUUUGAGGUUACGCCAUUAUCAGAUCCUCAAGAGAUCACUGUAGAAGCUCCAGCUCAAGAAGGGGAAAAUGUGUAAUUUUAUUUUUAAACAGAAUUGAUUUUUCAUAAGUUGUUAAA